CCUUUCUCUGCCAGUCACUCACAGUGACACAACACCUACUGGCUGCAGGGACCGGAUUGUUACGGUCAGAGAGUAAAGAGGCAGACCUGUGGACCAGUAAACCACUGAUAACAGGCUUCACAGGGAUUCAUUUUUUUACACCUCCAUAAAAUCCCUUCUCAGAACUCAUUGUGGAUAUGGAUUCUGUGUACCAGUAUUUAGGAUAUCCAGCACAAGCCAACGACGAUUCAGGGACUUCAAGGGAUAAUAUAUGGCUGUACGGCGUGGGUACCUUCGUGGUUCUGUGGACCCUCGGCUGGCUGUACAGAGACAGUCUGGAGAUAGAGGAUAUCAAGGAGAAGUAUGUGUUUGUGACGGGCUGUGACUCUGGCUUCGGGAACUUGCUGUGUAAGAGGCUGGACCGACGGGGGUUCAGAGUGAUAGCUGGGUGUCUCACAGACAAAGGGGCUGAUGAUUUGAAGAGGGCGACUGGGCCGCACCUGAAGACGGUUCUCCUAGACGUGACGAGCACCGCCAGUAUACAGAAAGCUAUGGAGUACACCAAGCAGGAGGUUGGAGAUAACGGACUGUGGGGCAUCGUGAACAAUGCGGGGCGCUCCCUGCCCAUGGGUCCCUCAGAGUGGAUGAGGCUGGAGGACUAUACCAGUACCCUGAAGGUCAACAUGACGGGGGUGAUAGAGAUGACCCUCACCUUCCUGCCCCUCAUCAAACAGGCCCAGGGGAGGAUUGUUAAUGUAGCAUCAGUACUGGGUAGAGUGGCAGCUAACGGAGGUGGUUACUGCAUCUCUAAGUUCGCUGUGGAGUCUUUCUCAGACUGCCUCAGGAGGGAUAUCCACUACUUUGGAAUCAAGGUGUGCAUCAUUGAACCAGGUUUCUUUAAGACAGCGGUGACCAGUCUGGAUCCUAUCGAGAGAGAGCUGCAUCGCCUGUGGAACCAGCUCACACCUGAAGUAAAGGCCAGCUACGGAGACAAAUACCUGGAAAAGUACAUACAGAUCCAAAGGUUGAUCAUGAACGCAGUGUGUGACUCGGACCUGAGUAAAGUGACUAACUGCAUGGAGCAUGCCUUGGCGUCUAGCUACCCCCGAACCCGCUACAGUGCCGGCUGGGACGCUAAAUUGGGAUGGAUCCCCCUCUCUUACAUGCCAUCCUGUGUCAUCGAUAUUGGGCUGAAACUGGUGAUGCCACGACCUGCUAAGAGUGUCUAGAGUUCAUUAGCAUACAAUACAUUGCAAUAUAAUACAAUAUAAACCCAUACUAUACAAUACAAUACUAAAGAAUACAAAAUAAUGUAUUGUUUGAGUUCAAAUGUACAGAACGUAGAGUAGCCUACACAUUUAGAAAAGAUAAUUCAAUGUAUUUCUUUAUACUGUCUGUGUUUUAAAAGCUAGAUGAUGUCCUAUAGUUUUGAGAGAAAACAUGGAAUAUUUGAAUAAUUUACCUACUGUGCCUUUUCUUCGCCAUUAUUUAUGUUGCUUAAUUUUGAGCAAUAUUCUUAACUCAUCAUUUCACUGUGAGGUCUACUACACCUGUUGUAUUCAGCAUUUCACUGUAAGGUCUACUACACCUGUUGUAUUCAGCAUUUCACUGUGAGGUCUACUACACCUGUUGUAUUCAGCAUUUCAC